UGUUUAGGAAAUAGCUUCUCACAUGCAUGUUUUGUGACCGAGCAUGGGUAUUAAAGCACUGGUCAUAAACUAGCAUAUGUGUGUGCUGGUGAAGUAAUGUAUAUUAUACAUAGACUGUAUAUAAAUAAUAUUAUAUAGCUAUAAGUAGUUGUAGUCUCCCUCAGUGGUUUGGCGCUGCUAAUGCGCGCGUGUUUUCAAAGUGGGCGAGUCUGCGGCUCUUAAAGAGACGUCCAGCCGGCUAGCCGGAGUUAGCUUUAUACUUAUAAUCACUACAGCAGAUUACUCGCAAACUGGCACUUAACAUUUGAUCGACUGUUAGAUCUACGUCUCCGAUCAAUCGUAAUCGGGUUUCGGUCGUUUUUUAUUUCGGACUCGUUGUUUUGUUGCUAAGGAAAACGAACAUGUUCUGCUAGUCAGCUAGCUAAAUGUAAACAGCAAUGUGAUUAGCGGUUAAUAAUGUCUCUUGAAUAAAUUAACGGUCAAAUCAGCAAAAGAAACGUCUGUGACAUUUAUGCCAACAGAGCACCCUACACCAACAGGCUCUGCAUCAUGUCUAUUGAUUUUGACAGUGCUGCUCUUCAAACCCAGCAAGAUGAAGAAGAGUACGACCAGGAGGACUAUGCAAGAGAGCAAGAGCUGCACAAAUUGCUCACCGACCUGCCGGAUGACAUGCUGGAGGACAGCAGAGACUCCUCCCCAGAGCUGGAGUACUCUACCUGCAGCAAUAAAAACACAGGCAACAGCCCACAGUCUGUGUGGACUCCCCAGUGGUCGGAUCACCCAAGGCCAACUUCUCAUGAGCAGAAUCAUGACGUUGACUAUGAUCAGCGCUCCCAUGAUGAGUAUGCCUAUGAGGAUCGAGCUGUUCAGAUCAAUGGACAUCACCCUCAGACUCAACCUCCACCUCACACCUGGAACCAGGAUCAUCAGUUCACCCAGGGAGAUUAUACAUACACCAGCAUCGGCACAGAGAAAUCAACAGAGACCAAUGAUUUCUCCGCAGACGAGUAUGAGUCCAAACCCUACCCUCCAGGCACUAAUAAUGCUGUAAUGUAUAAUGGAGAAGGAGAACACAGAGACAUCCAAAACUAUGGGGAACACAAUAACGCCAGAAACCAUUUUCAGUCUGGAGCAGUGGACAGAGGAGUGGGUCAGCACAAGGCCAGCUACAACCCUCACCAUGCUACCCUUCAACCAAAGAUGUUUAACUCCCAGGCUGUUCACCAAGAAGGUCAAUUUGACGAUCUGCAAAGAGAGUUCCUCGAAUCGACACAAAAAACUGCUGACAGAGAACAGCUUGCCCAGCUGCAGAUUUUAAACAAGGGUCAGCAGAGACAAAUUGAAGACUUGGAGCGUAAACUGGAGGAUUCAAGGCGCAAUAUGAGAUACAUUGAACACCAGUGUGCUAUCGCCAAAGAUGAAAAGGAUGGCCUGGCAGUAAGUCUGAAGGCAUCAAGUCAACUGGCUGAAGAGGCAAAGGAGAGAGAAGUUCAAAUGCAAAACAAAUUGAAAGCAAUGGAGCAGCAAGUCCAGGUCCUGACUGAGAGAGACCAGGAGAACACGAAGAAGCAGCGGGUGGCAGAGGCUGCAGUGGACAGUAUGAAGCAGCAGAUGUUGGAGCUCUGUCGCUCUGAUACUCUGUCCAAAACACGACAGCAGCAUGACAGAGACCUUGCCGUCAUAAAGGAGCAGCAUGAGGCUGCAGUGUUGACACUACAGCAGCAGCUAGACUCGACUGCUCAGGCUCUGAACUCACAGAUGGAUGUUGGUCAGAGGUUACGAGAGCAGGUGAAGCAGCUGGAGCGCCAGAGAGAAGAAGAGCAACUGGAGAGAGCCAGAGUCGUCAACGCCCUUACUCAGCGUCUGGAGGAGAGUCAGCAACAAUGUGCCAAGCUGCUGCAGACGAGUUCGGUGCAGGAGAUGAGUCAGUUACAAAUCAAACUACAACAGGCUCAGUCAGCCAAGGCGCUGAGUGAAAACAUGAACCAAGUCCUGCAGGAGGAUCUGGCCGAGCUGAAGGAGCAGAUCACUCUGUAUGAAUCUGCUGUGAAACAUGGUGUUAUUGCAUUAGACCUGACCAGUGAUUGGGAGAACCAGCUGUCUGAAUCCUGUGUGGAUUUAGGGUUGAAGAAAACAAACAGGAAAAAUGGCUUGCUUCACAGUACUGCCAUGGCUCACCUGUCCGACUCCAAGCUGCCUAAAGAUGAAGCUUUGCGGCUGCUGCGAGUGGAGAUGCAGCGCUGCCUUGGUAGUCUGAAGGGGAAGCGGCAGAAGAUCAGUCAGCUGCAGGAGGAGCUCCAUCUCUGCCAGGGCAGAGUGACCGAGCUGCAGACCCAGCUAGAUGAAGCCAAGCUCUGCUCUUCGGUCAGAGAGUCCAGUCAGAUGAAACAUCUAGACCUAACUGGAGAGUCUCAGAAAGAGUUCACAAGACUACAGGAAGACAAACAACACUUGAAGGAACAAGUGGAGGUGUUAGAAAAGAAGAAUCUGGAGCUGAAACAGAGCGAGGAGAAGGUGAGGUCUGCCAACUUGGAGCUUUGCACUAAGAUGAGGGAGAUGAUCCAAGAACUGGACCAAGAGAAGCAGGAGGCUGCAGAGAGAGCUGAGAGGAUUCAUCAGCAGUACAGGGACGACGUGGUGGACCGGGUCAGAACCGAGCUCAUGCUGGAACACGAUGCUCAGGCUGAACAGCUGGCUGCACAGCACCAGCAGCAGGUCCGACAGCUACAGACCCAGCUGUCUGAGGCCAAUGAUAAGAUGUUGGCUGUGCAAGAGUGUUACAUAUCUGUCUGCCAGGAGAAGGACAUGCUUGAAGAAAGCUUACGCAACAGUAAGCAGGACGAGGCUUUGAUCAGAGUAAAUGAGAAGUUGAGAGAAGAGAGUGGUUUAGCUGUGGAGAAGCUGAGGGCUGAACUUGAAGCUCAGCAUCAAACCUCAAUAAACCAGCUCAAAGCUCUCUGGUCCAAAGAAAAGGAGACUGAGAUUCAGCAGCAGGUGAACUCUCACGUAGCCUCGGCCAAAGCUGCUUGGAAGGAGGAACAACAAAAGAUGGAGAAAACUUGGGUCCAGAGGCUGGAGGAGGCCAGGAGAGAGAAAUGCACAGAGACUGCUGAGGCAACCUGUCAGGCAAAUGAGACUGAGGCCAGCAGUGUGACAAUUACUAUUGAGGAGGUGGAAUUAAGGCUCAAUGGGCAGAAGCAACAGCUGCAACUGGAAGCUGACAAAAUCAAACGCAAAGCUGUGGAGGAAGCCAGGAAACAGGCCCAGAGAGAGCUGCACGACAGACAUCUGGAGGACAUGGCCAGACAGGUUGAAGGUGCCGUAACCAGGGCCUACAAUCGCUGGAUUGAGGACUUGACUUCAUUACCAGAAUACCAAACCUCUCUUCAAACAGAGAGGGAGAAAUGGGAAGCGGUAGAAGAAAAGCACACAGAGCAGCGGGUAUCCCAGGCCCUGAGAGAGGCGGAGGAGCAGUGGCAUAAGAAGCACAAGAACCAGCUGGAGGAGCAGAGCUCUGGAACACAGGGGAUGGAAGAGCUCCAAGAGGAGGUGGCGACUCUCCAGAGUCAGCUGGAGCAAAGGAUGAGAGAGCAAGCUGCCCUGCUGAAGGCUGAGCUAGCCGGAGCCAGAGCUGCCUGGAACCGAGACAAACAACAGGAGAUCGCUGUCAUCCAGGCACGCAGUGAGCAGGCGUACCAGAGCAAGCUGCAAGAGCAGCGCAAAAAGCUGGAGCAGGCUUUGCAGCAUGUCAGAGAGGAUGCCGAUGGCCAUAAGAAGGAGCUGCUCCUGCAGAUGGAGGCCAAGCUGCAGCAGACUCUGAGGACCCGAGAGGAGGAGUGGAGGUGUCAGCAUGCAGAGAAGGAGCAGGCCCAGAGACGGCAGAUGAGAGAUGAAUUACUAGCAGAGCUUCAGACUGGUCUGGCAGAGGUCCAGGCUAAACUUCUCAGGGAUGCAAACACAGAUCAGCAGGGUACUGAAGACACCAGGAGGAGCAGCGGGGAGACACCAGAGGGCACCAUUACACACAUCAUCCAAACAUCCUGCAGAGACAUUGUGAACAGAGCAGUAUCUCAGGCCAAGAAGGAAUGGAAGAAGAUAAGUGAGGAGAGACUGAGCCUUGUGUUAAAAGAAACCCAGCAACAGCAUGAGAGAGAAAUCGAUGAGAUGCAAAGCUCUUUGUCCCAGAGAAAGGAGCAGGCUCGCUGCAGGAAGGAGUGCACUGAGACUUUAGGUAAGCUGCAGAAGAAGAACCAGGAGCUCCAAAGACACUUGGAGAAAGCCUGUCGUCAGCUCCAGCACAGCGUUCGAGAGCACAAAACUGCCAUGCAGCAUCUGCAAGUGGAGCAUGAAAGCGGCUUACAAAAGGCAAAGGAGGAACAUCUGCAGCAGCUGGAGGAGGCCAAGAAAGCCAAAGAACCCUCAGGUGCUUCUGAUCAUCAACAAAAUGCUCAGCAAGGCCUCGAGGAGAUGAAGCAGCAGUACCUGAUGACUGUUGAAAAGAUCAGAGGAGACAUGCUGCGUUACCUCCAGGAGAGUCGGGAGCGAGCUGCAGAGAUGAUCCGGAUAGAGGUGCAGAGGGAGAGGCAGGACACUGCCAGGAAGAUGCGGCGAUAUUAUCUGACCUGUCUGCAGGAGCUACUGGAGGACGGAGGAAAGACUACAAGGGCUGAAAAGAAAAUAAUGAAUGCUGCAAGCAAACUGGCAGCCAUGGCUAAAGUUCUAGAGACGCCAAUCAAAAGUAAAUCUGGAAAGAACUAUAGUUUACAAGGUUGUUUGACAGCUGUGUCCUCAGCUGACUGCCUCUCAGGUAGAAACGCAGGUUUCAGUAAGAACCUGUCAACACUAACUGAGCUCCCUGACAUCAGGCCGGAGGAGAGAUCCCACAAGGAAAAGACUUCUGCUGAUUCAGAGCGUAAACAAGCUGCUGCAGCGAAGACUACACCUCUGAGUCACCAGGACAUUUCUGCAUCUGGGAAGGAGGAGGCCUCAGGAGAUGCAGGGCUCAAACACCAAAUUGCUGGUCACACACACUUCCAGUCGUACAAACCUUCUCCACAGACGGCUUCUUUAUCCCAGGUGGAUUUUGUGGAUAUGUCUGUGAGGAGUAAAAGCAGAGAGCUCUGCUUGCAGGGAGUUGACUCAAGCAACACAGACUCAAAGCGACAAAAUAAACAGUUGCUCAUCCAGGAGGCUCCUGUCAGAGAAGAGAGGAGGACCGACUGGAGCAUGACCAGCAGCGACUCGGACACAGGCUUCCAAGUUUCAAGACUCUCUUACUCUGGGAGGAAAGUUGAACAGGUGAAGCCCUUUUCUGUCUCUGCUGUGUCAGCCAGUGACUCAGGAGAGUUUGGCGGCCUCACCCCGGAUGUUUCUGAUCUGACUGUCUAUAAUGAAAUUGCCAAAAAGACCCCUCACACCCAGAGUAUGAGUUCACACAGAGAGCCCACCCCUGGCUCUGAAGGUGAGAGUCGGCAUGGAGGUUUUUCCAGGCCUCUAUUCUCUGAGUUGAGACAGCGGCAGCAGGACAGCGGCUUCCACAGUCCAUUCUACCAACAGAAAUGACAAAGUGAAGGUCAGGUAGGGAGACGAGCUUGAAACUGACUUGACAAUUUUUAGUUAGAUUCCCAAAUAGUGCCUUUCAUACAGACUAUAAAGUUUACAUGUUGUGGAACCUCUGCCUUCUUAGCUGCUUACAGUGUGUGUGUUGCAUUAACAGGAAUAGAUAUACAUAUUGGGAAAUAGGCUUAUGUGCUUUAUUGCAGAGGGUUAGAUGAGAAGAUUGAUACCACAGUCAGCUACAGCCAGGAGCUGGUUAUCUUAGCUUAAAGGGAGUUUAUAUGCCAGACUACUUUCAGAAGUAUUUAUUAUUUCCAAUUUAAAACACAGAUAUUCGUGGUAGCAAUCUUCAUUUAACUCCUGGAUGAGAAAGUGAGUAAUGGUUAUCCAAAGAAAUAUCAAACAGUUGCUUUUAUCUGUAGUUGUUUCCAGUGGUUACAUUUAAUAUCUCUCUGCUCUGGUCUAGAUGUCUUUUGAGCCUUUAUGGCUUUUUAAACAUUAAUUAUCUUGCCUCGCGGCUGCAGGUUCUGGUUCUAAAUCUAAAACAAAGGUUUACUUUUUUCCACGAUGGUGCACUGACUUUGUAGUUGGUAGAGGUAUUUCACUGUAAGCAACAUCAAUAAGAACAACAAGUUGUUUUAUCCUGAAUAUCUCUUCGUCAGCUUAUGAAAGCUAAAGUCCAACAGUCUUCAGUUGUUUUUUCUGCAACUGUGUCCUUGCUUAGAAGUGAUAUAAUCUAUCACUCAUAAGUGCACUUUGAAAAAACUCUCUAUGGGUUAAUAGUCCUUUCCACAGUGUAAUAUGUAACUUGUGAUACCUUGAGUGACC